CGAGGACCCGCGGUUCAAAGUUAGGAGAAACGAAGGUAUAACGGAGAGAGAGGGGUAAAGUGGAGCGCAAGUUGGAAUUCAAAACCAAGCCGAGGAGGAGCCGAAAUCGGAUUACGAAGAAGUAGUUUCCAUGGAUAAUCUCAACUUGGCUCUUGUUUUCUUCUUAAUCUUAUCAUCUUCUCCCUCUCAAUCCUACUCAUGGAGUUGGUUUUCUUCUUCAACUAAUAAUCAAUAUCAGUACGAGGUUUGGAACGCCCCCAUAGGCAUAGCAGCGGAAUUCUCCAUGGAUUUUUCAAGCAAUUCAAAGGGAAGAGAAUUGACUGAGAAUGCGAAAACUAAACUCACAGUUUCAAAUUCGUGUUGGCAAAAUGCUUAUAAGGCCCUGUUUUCAAGUUGUAGAGAGAUAAUCAGUGACCAAGAGAAGAAAUCAAGGCUUGCUUGGCAUCUAAGUGAUUGUUUUCAUAAGGAUUCAGGGAGGUCCCCUUUUCCUUACUGUGACUUGAAAAGCCCCAUGUCUAAAUGCCUAAAGAACAUUGAUGAAGGUGCCCAUAAAGUGUACCUCGAGUUCUUCCUUGAAGUGAAUUCUAUUUGCCAUCACUUACAGACUGAUGCAUUCAAGCAUGAAACAGAGAGGCUAGUAAACGACUUGCAAAAGUCAGCCAGAUAUGCAGAGGAAAAGUUAGAAACCAUUGAGGAGAGAUCGAAAUCCUUGCUGCAAAACUCAAAUCAGAUUUUUGAUUCUUUGACUUCCAUAGAUAUUCAAGCAACAGAAGUGGCUAAAAAGACAAUGGCCAUAGAAGAUCAGAUUAUCAACUUAAUGAGGCAAUCCACUACUAUUUUCGAGCAAUCAAGAGAGAUAGUUUCUUCUCAAUCAGAGUUACAGGAGGGGAAUGAAAGGAUGAGGGAGAGACUGGACUUAAACAUGGGCUUUCUUCAUGAGUCUCAUGAGAGCUUGGAGAAGGGCAUUUCAAGCCUUUCAGAAAAAGCCAUAGAAACACAGAGAGAAAUCAAUCGAGUUGGGGAGUCCAUGUCUUCAAAGUUGCAGAGCCUUCAAAACAAAGCAGAUGAUAUUGGGAAUGCUGCUGCUAUGUCAUUGAUCAAGCAGAAGCAACUUCUUGAUGGACAAUCCCAAGCGCUCGAAGGGCUUGGUCAUCUCACCCAAUUUCAGUCUCAAGCUCUUGAAGAGAGCAGGUCCACUCUGAAAAAAUUAACUGAUUUUGGUCAAGAACAACAACUUGAGCUCAUUCAUAGGGAAGAACAACUUCGUCAGGCUCAUGACCACCUGAUUCAAAACUCUCUAAGCAUAUUGGCUGCACAGGAAGCAUUUGAAUUAAAGCAAGCAACCAUUUUCACAGCUUUGGAUAAGCUUUUCUCCCUGCACAAAGCAAUUCUAUCGGAGUCCCGUGCCAUCAAGGCCUUCUUCUUGUACUUGGGAAUGAUGGUUUUUAUAUAUAUGAUCACAAGUACGAAGCAAACAUGUGGCAUAAGAGCACGCCUAUAUUUAGGUCUCUGUGUCAUUUUUGCUAUGGAGUUUGCAAUCAUCCGGUUUGGAAGUGAUGAACUUGAUCAACAUAUUCAGUUUGCAGAAAAAGUUUUGUACUUGCGAAUUUCUUUUGUGGUCAUUGCCUUUGUCCAACUUCUCUACUCUGUUUUGACUUUCAGGGAUUACGAAGUUCUAAACCAUCAGAUGCUAUUGACUGUGGUCGAGAAACUUAAUGCCAUGGAAGCAUACACAGAGAAGAAGAAGCUGUCUAUAGGGACAAAUAAUGAUACAAAAUUCCUUUCAUGGAUAAACAAAGAAUUGCAAGAGGAUGAGAGCUUAGACGAUGAUCCUGAUUAUAUACCAAUCCUACAUGAUGAAGAGGAGUCAGUUUCCACAAUCACUCUAAAGACAUAUAAUCUACGUCCUCGGAAGCAUAACUAGAUAGAUAUAGUUUGAAAAGAUUACAUGUGGGGUUACUUAAUUUUGUUCGUUCCCGAUACAUAGAAAGAAUGAGCCCCUUUUAUAAGCAAAAGAAGCAUAUUUUGCAGUAUAGACGGGUAUAUAUUUUUACCGGUUUGGCUUGCAGCAGACAUGGAGAGCUUUGGACUUUGAAAGAGAAGGUGCAACUGAACUUGUUAGUUAAUAUGGUUUCCAAAAUUCAUUUGGGGACUUGAAAUAUUGUAUCCUUUUAUA